GGCGUCCCCACAAACCGCUCAACCUUCCCUCCCUCUCCCCUCUUCAUCGCUCCGCUGCGCUGGCCACGAGAUCCACGCCGCCUCCUCUCCGGCGCCCCGCCCUCGCCUCUGGUGGGCCACGCUGCCCUCCUCGCGACCUCCGCGCGGCUGCGAACGACCGACGACCGCCGGUUUCGCUGAGCACUGCGCAGGAGGCACGAGGAGGUGGAUUCCCCGACAGGCGCGGUGCCGGCCUGAGUGACAGGGCGGCCGGGCGCCGGUGACCUGCUCGGCUUCGCCAAAUUUGCGGGCGGCGUCUUGCGCCGUGCUGCUGUCGCUGGAGGCGUGGAGCAAGGGAGCCCGGAGGAGGGGGAGGCCUUGCUCGCAGCCGCAUUGGCCGGUAAUACUAUCUCCGACCGAGGAGGCAGGCGGCCGAUUUAGUAGUUCCCUCCCCGCUCCGGACGCGCCGGGCGCCCUAGGUGCCUCUCGCCCCCGCUUGGUCCAUGGUCCAUGGGGUGGAAGGUUAAGUCGUCGCCGGCGGCGGCGCCCGGCGACAAGCUCAGGUUCCCUCCCUCCUCCGCCGCGCGGUCGCGGAUGAAGCUCUGGCUGGUGCCCGCCACCACCACGGUGCUGCUCUGGACCUGCGUCCUGCAGCUCACCGCCGUCGGGGACACCUGGGGCCCACGUGUGCUCAAGGGCUGGCCCUCCUGCCUCACGCCGCACGAGGAGGCUUCCGCCGCGCGCCCGCACCCUCUCGCCGUCGACAAGGCCGCGCUCGCGCUGCCGCCCAAAAGAAUAUAUAGGAACAAUGGUUACUUGAUGGUUUCGUGCAAUGGUGGGCUUAACCAAAUGCGAGCUGCAAUAUGUGACAUGGUUGUAAUUGCAAGAUAUUUGAAUGUGACUUUAGUCGUGCCAGAGUUGGAUAAAACUUCAUUUUGGAACGAUCCAAGUGAGUUCCAAGAUAUAUUUGAUGUUGAGCACUUUAUAACCUCAUUACGAGGUGAAGUUCGCAUUCUGAGAGAAUUACCUCCAAGGGUAAAGAGAAGAGUUGAACUUGGAAUGUUUCACUCCAUGCCUCCAAUUAGUUGGUCUGAUAUCUCCUACUAUCAAAAUCAGAUUCUUCCUUUGAUUCGUAAGUACAAGGUUCUCCAUUUGAAUAGAACUGAUGCUAGGCUAGCAAACAAUGGUUUACCAAUAGAAAUUCAGAAACUUCGAUGCCGAGUAAAUUAUGCCUCCCUCAAAUUUACCCCACAAAUUGAAGAGUUGGGCAAGAGAGUAAUUAGAAUUCUUCGCCAAAAUGGACCUUUCUUGGUACUUCAUUUACGGUAUGAAAUGGAUAUGUUGGCUUUCUCUGGCUGUACACAAGGUUGCAGUACUGAAGAGGCAGAAGAACUCACAAGAAUGAGGUAUGCUUAUCCAUGGUGGAAAGAAAAAGUGAUUGACUCAGACUUGAAAAGAAAAGAUGGCCUUUGCCCAUUGACGCCUGAGGAGACUGCUCUUGUCCUCAGAGCACUUGACAUCGAUAGAAGUAUGCAAAUAUACAUUGCUGCUGGGGAAAUAUACGGUGGAAAGCGCAGGAUGGCUUCUCUAACUUCAGCAUACCCGAAUGUUGUGAGGAAGGAGACACUUCUGGAACCUUCUGAUCUGAUGUUCUUCCAGAACCAUUCAUCACAAAUGGCAGCACUUGAUUACUUAGUAUCCUUAGAAAGUGAUAUAUUUGUUCCAACAUAUGAUGGAAACAUGGCUAAAGUCGUUGAGGGUCAUCGGAGAUUCAUGGGUUACAAGAAGACCGUCUUGUUAGACCGAAAACUCAUUGUUGAGCUAGUGGACCGGUACACAAAUGGUUCUCUGCUGUGGGAUGAGUUCUCUUCACUGAUCAAGGUUGCCCAUGCAAAGCGGAUGGGAUCAGCUUCAAAGAGGAUGGUGAUUCCUGACAGACCCAAGGAAGAGGACUAUUUCUAUGCCAAUCCCCAAGAAUGCCUCCAGGAUCGUGAUUUUUUGCAAACAUCAUAAUAUCCUUUCAUGUCUAUAUACCAUGUUCACAUUAUACCAUUCUUCUGCAAACAACACAACUGAACCCAAAAGCAAUAUUUUGGAGCCAGAAAGGCGACUCGGCUUCUGUCGAGUCAUAGAUGAGGCCGAUCUGUAAACUUGAGGGAGGGAGGGAGGGAAGGAGAAAGGCUGAAAGGGGGUGGGUGGGGGUGGAUUUAGUUGGUAAAUACACAUUAUAGAAUGGAGGGGGAUUUGUUCAUUCCAAAAUAAAAAAAAGAGAGAUGGGCUUGUAUAGAUGGUGAUAGAAUUACCGCUAAGAAGAAUGUAACUUAGAUGCAGCUGGGUCUGGGUUCCUGCAUCUGGUCUUGCGUUGUGUAACAUAGCAGUUGUUCUUGGACAGCCGCCCCCAUUGUCCCCACCGGCGAAAUUUUGGCAACCAUGUAGAAAGAUGUAUACACUUUUUAUUGUAUCGAUACAACCUGUAUUAUAUAUGUAAAUUGUGCAGAAUGUUUGUACCACUUGCACAUUUUAUAAUGUGGUUAGU